AUGACGGCGGCUGCACCACCUCUUGUGCCACCGCCGGUUCACGAGCAUGGUAUGAACGGCCCAGUGCCGGGACAUGCAGUCAACAUGAGCUUACCGCGAUUCCAUCCAAUCGCCAUGAACCCGAAUCAACCAGUUCCGCCAGAGCAUGCCAUGCACCAUCACUACUAUCGCCCUUUCCCUCCUCCUCCACAAAUGCAGGAACCGGGUCCGCCUAACCCACCCGCCCAUCCUCCAUCCAUAGACCACAUCGAGGCUCGUUUACGGCAAUUAGAGCAAGAAGAGGCUGCUCGUAUGGCAGCCCGGAGCCAAUUGCUAGCUAUUCGAAAACGAGAGGAUGAGGAAUUUCGUAGAAUGACGGAACAUGCUGAAGCGGAAGAAGAGCCAUCUGCAUUCGAGCGUUGGACUCUUUCCCUCCCCUUAAUUAUGGCCGCUUACUUCCCCGUCCAGGAACUCCGUAGGCAAAGAAAACGUCUAAAGAGAGAAUCCAUGGGACUCGGGUAUAACGCAACAAUUGACUCGCCACCCCUUCGUCCUACACCCCCACGUCGAUUAUCAGAAACAAAUGCAGCCACGACCCUUGCAUUCUUCAAACAACAAAGCCCACCCGAACCUCGACCUAUUCAACAACCACCACCCCAACCCGCGGUGCAAGCGCCUCCACCCUCCCAUCCCCAACCUCAGCAUAUCCAGCAUGACCAUUCGACGGCCAAUUCCAUCAGACGGAAACAGAAAUACACAAUCAAGAACGUAGAGGCGUGGGGGGAGCGCCAUGGACGGCCCGCUGCCCAUGACCCGUCCGGACGUGCGUUAUGGAAACGACCCUCCGAUGGUAGCUUGGUGUAUCUGACAUGUCCGGUGCAUGGCUGCGGCAAAGCUGAUUUUGUGACUCUCCACGGAUUUAUGUGCCAUCUAACGAAGAAGCACAAGGAUCGUAGCUUGGGAAGCCAGUCGAGGGCACUGGAGGUCUGUGGCGUGGUGUUUGACCCCAACGCCCCCCUCCCACCUGUUUUGACUGUGAAUCGUGCAUCCACCGAGGAAAGUCGGAUGGAGUCUGCCAAUGACAUGGAGUAUUCAUCGACGUCGGACGACGAAGGCCGAGAGAACCUAUACCCAGUGAAGUGUGAACCGACAGAGCGACCUCUACCGGCGCCCGCGGCGUCCCUACCCACACCGGAAGAGAUGACCACUGUUCCGAGAAUGAACGGCUCCGCGAAACAAACGAUUUCUUCGAUCAUUGAUCGGGAUCCUACUGCAGAACCCCGAGUGAGCUUGAAACGGGGUGCUCCUGAGAGCGCCGAGUCGGCAUUGCGUGCGUCUGGUCAGCGUCGCGGAUCGAGUCCGGAACGAGCUGAGAUUCCUGCACCGCGCGAUUUCAAAAUGGAGCGGAUGGAUUUCAAGGAAACUGCCGAGGCGUAG